AUGGUCAAGGCUGUUGCUGUCCUCCGUGGUGACUCUAAGGUCACCGGCACUGUCACCUUCGAGCAGGCCGACGAGAACUCUCUCACCACCGUCUCCUGGAACAUCAAGGGCCACGACGCCAACGCUAAGCGUGCCUUCCACGUCCACCAGUUCGGUGACAACACCAACGGCUGCACCUCCGCUGGUCCUCACUUCAACCCCUUCGGCAAGACCCACGGUGCUCCUGAGGACUCCGAACGCCAUGUCGGUGACCUUGGUAACUUUGAGACCGAUGCCGAGGGUAACUCCGUCGGCUCCAAGCAGGACAAGCUUAUUAAGCUGAUUGGUGCCGAGAGCGUUCUGGGCCGGACCCUGGUCGUUCACGCUGGUACCGAUGACCUUGGCAGAGGUGACACCGAGGAGUCCAAGAAGACUGGUAACGCUGGCCCUCGUCCUGCCUGUGGUGUCAUCGGUAUCGCCGCUUAA